ACAUUUUAGGAGAGCUAAGUCCAGUGUAAAAGUGUCUAUAUGACAGGACAGUAGGAAAGCUCCAUAGCAGAGCUGCAGGAUGACGUUUAUAACUGACUCUCUGUCUAGGGCCGAUGUGUUACUGUGCCUGACAGCCUGCAUUGCAUUCCUCAUCUACUGGAUCAAUGGCUCUAAGAAGAGUACAAGAAAUAUGCCCCCUGGACCUACCCCUCUCCCCCUCAUUGGGACCUUACACGUGCUGGACCUGAAUAGACCCUACAAGUCAUUGAUGGAGCUUUCUGAGAAAUAUGGAGAAGUCUUUACUAUACAGUUUGGACCCAAGAAGGUGGUGAUAAUUGCUGGAUACAAAGCGGUGAAGGACGCUCUCAUCACCCAAGCUGAUGAUUUCGGAUAUAGGGCGGAAAUACCGAUCAUGUCACUGCUCACAAAAGGAAAUGGUUUAUUAUUUAGUCAUGGAGAGUUAUGGAAAUCUAUGAGGAGGUUUACACUGUCAGCACUGCGAGACUUUGGGAUGGGGAAGAAAACAAUUGAAGUGAAAAUUCAAGAAGAAUUAACCCCUCUCAUAGAAGACAUCAAAUCUCACAAUGGCAAACCAUUUGAUAGCACCGUCAUACUGACCAGCGCAGUGGCCAAUGUAAUCUGCUCUAUUAUUUUUGGGAAAAGGUAUGAGUAUGAUGACCAAAAAUUUGAAAGACUGAGCAGAUUGAUGGAAGAAAACAGCAAACUGGCUGGAGCACCCUCUUUAUUCCUGUAUAAUUACUUUCCCUUCAUUGCAAAUCUUCUUGGUAUACAUAAGAAAGUACUGAAGAACAUGGAAGAGCAAAUUGAUUUUGCUUCAAUGUGUAUCAAUAAUCAACAACUCGAGUUUGAUGAAAAUGACAUCACCGGAUAUGUUGAUGCCUAUCAUGUGAAGCAAAAACAGGACUCAACAAAGGCCGACACGUAUUUCAACGAAGAAAACUUGGUCUACACAGUUUUGGAUCUCUUUUCAGGUGGAACUGAAACCACAUCUGCAACGCUACGCUGGUCUCUUUUAUUGAUGGCAAAGUAUCCAGAAAUUCAAAAAAGGGUGCAGGAGGAAAUCAGAACACAUAUUAAACUUGGACAGAUGCCAACGGCAGAAAAUAGAAGGAAUAUGCCUUAUACUGAUGCAGUGAUACAUGAAGUACAGAGAUUCGCUAAUAUCCUUCCCCUGAAUUUGAGUCACGCAACUGAAAAUGAUGUGUAUUUCCGAGGUUACUGCAUCCCAAAGGGGACAGAGGUCAUUCCAUUCCUCACAUCAGUUCUGUAUGACAAAUCUCAAUGGGAAACUCCAUAUAAAUUUAACCCAAACCACUUUCUGGAUGCAAAUGGGAAGUUUCAUCGACCGGAGGCAUUUAUGCCUUUCUCUGCAGGGAGAAGAGCUUGCGUUGGAGAAAGCUUGGCCAAGAUGGAACUUUUCCUGUUCUUUACUGGACUUCUGCAUGCAUUUACUUUCCACCCACCAGCUGGAGUCUCCAGGGAAGAUAUAAGUCUUGAGCCUGACAUUGGAUUCGUAUUAGUCCCUAAACCACAUCUGAUAUGUGCAAAACUCAACAACUAGUGUGCUGCCACCACAAAUACCCAGUAACAACACAGAUGUUGCUUUUGAUUAAUUUUGGCUGAUUAUAGAUUUAAUUAUCACGUUUUAUGUGUUCUCAUAUUAUAGUCAAAAACAGCAAAGCUCAGAUACUCACGCUACCAACACAACAGACCAUAGAACUGUUCCAGAACACAAGUUUGUAAUACACAGUUUGUAAUACACAGCACCAUUCGAAUGGUCAGCACUGUCUUGUACUAUUAUGGUGGGUACACACUGAUAGAUUUAUCUGCAGAUCAAUUGAUCUGCAGAUAUAUCUAUGGACGGAUCGGGCAGUGUGCUGUGCACAUACACUGCCCGAUCCGUCGGGGAUUGACGUCAUGAACUGGGCGGGCGUGUACAUGUGUAUUCAGCUGUCAAUCACCGCCGACUGCCGCAGCAUGUGUACGGGCAGCUGGCUGGUCGCCCGUACACACACAGCGAUGUGCUAAUAUAUCGGUAGAUAUCUUGGCUGUCGGCUGUGCUGCGGGGCCGACGCGAAAUGUCUGUGAACGACGGAGUUCACAGACAUAUCGCCCAUACACACUGGCCGACGGACCCGCAAUAUAUUGGCCGUUCAAUAGAACGGUCGAUAUAUCGGCCAGUGAGUACCCACCUUUACUUUCCUAAAUGCACACAGUAAAUGGUGGAUAAUCCAGCUCUGUAGUAGCAUGACAGAAACACUUAUUGAAUUACGCAGAAAGAAUCACCAUUAUCUUAAGAUACAGAUGAGAUUCUGGAAUUGUGGGGUUGGGUGACCACAAUACUCCUCGUUUAGGUUCCCCCCAAGACAGCAUUAUCUGUCAGGCACUGCAUGAGGUGGUGGGGCCACUGUAGAUCAUUUCAUUCUCUAUGCAGUACAUGUGUGAUGCUUCAGUGGUUGAAAAUAUCUGAUAUGACAUAAGAGGUUAUUCAAAAAUGUAUCCUCCAAAUUGCUAAAUAAAUUCUACUGUUAUUGUACUUGAAAAA